CGCUCUCACUUUCUCUCUCUGUAUUACUUAUAUGUAUUGUAUAUAAAUAAUCGUUGAAAGAAAAAGGAAACAUUUUACCAAUUCAUUUAACACUCACACACACACAGAGUACAGCUUCUCUGACACCCUCUCUCUCUCUCUCUCUCCCUCUCUCUCUCUCUUGGAGUUUCUCUGUCUAAGAAGCGUUAUCGACGUUUCUUCAAGAAUCUCUUCUUUAAAUCUCUCAGUCUCUCUCCCUGUACCGCCAUUGAAGCUGAAGCAACAGUUUUUGAAAGGCCGGCCUUCGGAUUUUCACCUGUUAACAUAAUCUCAGAUUCGGUGAAUAAAAGGUAGAGCAAUGGAUUCCUCUCAGUCGCAGCAGAGAAGAGGAGGAUUGAUAUCUCUAUCACCUUCUCAGACGCCGAGGUCGAGCGACAAGGCGGUUCGAGAUCUGCGAUCCGCGGAUUCGAACUCGAGUACAAGGCAUGAUAAAGACAAGGGUGUCAAUGUACAGGUUCUUGUGCGUUGCAGGCCUCUGAGCGAGGAUGAAACGAGGUUACAUACCCCAGUGGUGAUUUCUUGCAAUGAGAGUAGAAGGGAAGUAUGCGCAGUUCAGAAUAUAGCUAACAAGCAGAUUGACAGAACCUUUGCGUUUGACAAGGUCUUUGGUCCAUCAUCCCAACAGAAAGAAUUAUACGAGCAGGCUGUGUCACCUAUUGUCAAUGAAGUACUUGAGGGAUAUAACUGCACUAUUUUUGCCUAUGGCCAAACGGGUACAGGGAAAACAUACACAAUGGAAGGCGGAUCAAGAAAGAAGAAUGGAGAGUUUCCAAGUGAUGCUGGUGUUAUUCCAAGAGCUGUAAAACAAAUUUUUGAUAUUCUAGAAGCACAGAAUGCUGAGUAUAGCUUGAAAGUCACAUUUUUAGAGCUGUACAAUGAAGAGAUUACAGAUCUUUUGGCCCCCGAGGAAACCACAAAAUUUAUAGAUGACAAGUCUAAAAAACCCAUAGCUCUCAUGGAGGAUGGGAGGGGGGGUGUUUUUGUUAGAGGGCUGGAAGAAGAGAUAGUAUGUACUGCUAAUGAAAUUUAUAAAAUCUUGGAGAAAGGUUCUGCAAAAAGGCGCACAGCUGAGACUCUUCUUAACAAACAAAGCAGUCGCUCUCACUCAAUAUUUUCUAUCACAAUUCAUAUUAAGGAAUGUACUCCAGAGGGGGAAGAGAUGAUUAAAUGUGGAAAGCUGAAUCUUGUUGACCUUGCUGGCUCUGAGAACAUUUCACGUUCUGGUGCAAGAGAGGGCAGAGCAAGGGAAGCUGGGGAAAUAAAUAAAAGCUUACUUACACUUGGUCGUGUUAUUAAUGCACUGGUUGAGCAUUCUGGUCAUGUUCCAUAUAGGGAUAGCAAACUAACAAGAUUACUAAGGGAUUCCUUGGGAGGAAAAACAAAGACAUGCAUAAUUGCCACAAUAUCUCCCUCUAUUCAUUGUCUGGAAGAAACACUCAGCACACUUGACUAUGCACACCGAGCCAAAAAUAUAAAGAACAAACCAGAGAUCAAUCAGAAGAUGAUGAAAUCUGCCUUGAUCAAGGAUUUAUAUUCUGAAAUUGAUAGGCUCAAGCAAGAGGUAUAUGCUGCAAGAGAGAAGAACGGAAUCUACAUACCACGAGACCGUUAUCUUCAUGAAGAAGCAGAAAAGAAGGCAAUGACUGAAAAAAUAGAGCGCAUGGAACUUGAGUCUGACUCCAAAGACAAGCAAGUGAUGGAGCUUCAAGAACUUUAUAAUUCUCAGCAACUAUUGACAGCAGAAUUAAGCGAGAACCUUGAAAGAACUGAGAAAAAUCUUGAGGAAACUCAACAAUCAUUAUUCGAUCUCGAGGAGAAACAUCGACAGGCAAAUGCAACAAUUAAGGAGAAGGAAUUUUUGAUAUCCAAUCUCCUCAAAUCUGAGAGAGCACUUAUUGAGCGUGCAUUUGAGCUUCGAACAGAGCUAGAGAAUGCUGCAUCAGAUGUGUCAAGUUUAUUUGCCAAAAUUGAGCGGAAGGAUAAAAUUGAAGAUGGAAACAAGAUACUUGUUCAAAAAUUCCAAUCCCAGUUAAAUCAACAGCUUGAAAUCUUGCAUAAGACUGUGGCAGUUUCUGUUACACAACAGGAGCAGCAAUUGAAAGAUAUGGAGGAAGAUAUGCAGUCCUUUGUAUCAACAAAGGCAGAGGCUACUGAAGAACUUCGAGGAAGACUAGGAAAGUUAAAGACCAUGUAUGGUUCUGGUAUUAAAGCUCUGGAUGGUAUUGCUGGGAAGCUUGAAGGGAAUUCUCGGUCAACCUUUGUUGAUUUAAAUUCUGCAGUUUCUAAACAUUCUUCUGCCCUGGAGGAUCUCUUCAAAGGAAUUUCUUCUGAAGCUGAUGCCUUACUUGAGGAUCUUCAAAGUAACCUUCACAAACAAGAGGAGAAGCUUUCUGCAUAUGCACAACAGCAGCGUGAGGCACAUGCUAGAGCAGUAGAAAGUGCACGUUCAGUUUCUAAGAUAACUGUGGACUUCUUUAAGACCCUUGACAUCCAUGCAUCGAAUCUGACUGAAAUUGUGGAAGAAGCACAAACUGUGAAUGAUCAUAAACUGUCUGAAUUUGAAAAGAAGUUUGAGGAGUGUGCUGCUAAUGAAGAAAGGCAGUUGUUAGAAAAAGUGGCAGAGCUGCUGGCUAGUUCCAGUUCUAGGAAGAAAGAACUGGUCCAACAAGCAGUAAAUGAUCUUCGGGAGAGUGCAACCAGUAGGACAAACAGACUCCAGCAAGAGAUGACAACCAUGCAAGAUUCCACUUCUUCUGUUAAAGCAAAGUGGGUGGUGCACAUGGAAAAAACAGAAUCCAAAUACCUGGAGGAUACUUCUGCAGUGGAAAGUGGAAAGAAAGACCUGGAGGAAGUUCUUCAAAACUGCUUGAAGAAGACAAAAAUUGGCGCACAGCAAUGGAGAAAUGCUCAGGAGUCCUUGCUCAGUCUAGAAAAGAGCAAUGUUGCUUCUGUGGAUUCAAUUGUCAGUGGAGGAACAGAAGCCAAUCACGCUCUACGUGCAAGGUUUUCUUCUGCUGUCUCAGCUGCAAUUGAAGAUGCAGACAUUGCAAACAAGAAUAUUCUUUCAUCCAUUGACUAUUCAUUACAACUUGAUCGUGAUGCAUGCGGGAAUCUAAAUUCAAUGAUUGUUCCUUGCUGUGGGGAACUGAGGGAAUUGAAAGGUGGUCACUACCACAAGAUUGUAGAGAUCACUGAGCACGCAGGAAAAUGUCUACUAGAUGAAUAUGUGGUAGAUGAACCAUCUUGUUCCACACCAAGAAAGAGGUCGUUUAAUCUGCCAAGCGCCACGUCCAUUGAAGAACUCAGAACCCCUGCUUUUGAUGAAUUGUUGAAGUCCUUUUGGGAUGCCAAAUCUUUAAGACAAGCAAAUGGAGAUGUAAAACACAUUGCAGGAGCUUACGAGGCUGCACAGUCGAUAAGAGAUUCAAGAGUUCCUCUCACCGCUAUUAACUGAGGAGAUGGAACAAAAUGAUGAUUGUAAUGUACAUAGUAUAUGGGUAAAAUUUGUACUCGUGUUCACUAAGAUACAUUAUUCAUUAAUUUUUUUCUUUUGGGAAAAAAAAAAAGAAAAAAAAAAUAUAUUAUUCUGUUGGAGGGAAUAUCUAGUAGAUUUUUUACUCGUGUUUUUGUAGGGAAUUUCAGUUCAUUGAAGUUCUCAUUGCUAUAUAACAAUUGCAGUUGGAGUUUUGAAGGUGUUUUUGAGUGUUUGUAUUUAAGUCAUUGUUAGUAUAGUCCGUGUAAAACAUAUUUGUUGGGAAAAAAAACCUUCAAGCUUUUAGUAA